AUGGCGGCUAUGAUGCCAAGUGCCGCAACGGCUAGCAACCCCUACGAUAGCGAUGCGGUGGAGCGUGAUCUAAUUGACCCGGACGAUGCUACUCUUGAUGACCUCGAUGACCCACUACAGGCGACUUCGGACCGCGCGCCGUUGACGGGGAACAUUCAGCGUGGAGGCGCGCAAACGCAAUCCUACUUGACAUCGAGCAUCCCUGGAGAGGACCGACGCGCACCCACCAACACCAUUGACGAGACAGUAUGGGAGACACUAUCGCGAGACAUUUUCGCGAUAUGGGAGAAGAUGAAGCAGGUUCUGUACCCCAAGUACCUGCUAGGCGGCAUGAUGCAACGCGGUGGAGGCAUUGGGGCAGCAGAGCGCGGUGAAUCAGACGGCUCUGGCAUACGAAACAUUGCAGGGAGAUGGCCAGAUGCGGACGUCAUCCUGCAAGGCGGUAUGAGUGAAGGUCUACGAGACUGGGACCUUUGGGGACCGCUGAUCUUUUGCCUACUACUCAGUCUGUUCCUCUCAUGGGGAGCAAAGGGCGAUCAGAAGGAUCUUGUCUUUUCCGGCGUCUUCGCCAUGGUCUGGAUAGGGGAGGCGGUCGUGACUCUGCAGAUCAAGCUGCUAGGCGGUAACAUCGCCUUCUUCCAGUCCAUCUCCAUCAUCGGCUACACGCUCUUCCCGCUCGUCAUCGCGUCGAUUCUCAGCGCAGUCGGCAUACCCGUGAUAGUGCGCAUCCCCGUCUACCUCGUUCUAAUCGCGUGGUCGUUGGCGGCAGGCGUGAGCAUCAUGGGCGGGUCAGGCGUGGUGAGGAACCGGGUCGGGAUUGCAGUAUACCCCUUAUUUGUGUUUUACGUUGCGCUGGGCUGUCUCUGCUUCAUCAGCUAG